AUAGAGCUAUUUCAUCACGUGAUCCAUUUCAUCCAUCCGCCCACGCAUGGUGUACUGUUCAACACAGGCAGGUGUAGCAAAUACGGCAUUUAGCUAUCGUGCAGAUGCAGCAUCUAUCUUCAUACGCUGCAACUCUGGGAUUGGAGGCUAUAAAGCGAUACAAAGAGAAAAUAGCAGUGAUUGGUGGUCUAGAUCCAUUUUCAGCAGCCCUUGGAAAGCCAGUAGAUCAUGUUCCACCACUAGAGGCAAGUGAUAUUGUCUCUUACUUGAUCCUGCAGACUAGUUUCAUCACAUCUAAACAAUUCCAAGCCAGAAAAUCGCUUGAAGCAUACAAUCAGUUUGUUUGUGGAUGGGUCAAGGAUGUCAGUACCUGGACAGUGUGUGGAUCAUACCUCACAGUUGGCCGUGUUCGACAUUCUCAGCGCUUAAACGAUACUCCUUUGGCAUGUUGGAUCAUACUUGAUUUGACAGGUGCUGUGUCUUGUGCUCACUGUAAUUGUAUGGCUGGCCUUGGAGAGGUUUGUACGCAUAUAGCGGCAGUACUGUUUUAUCUGGAAGCUGCUUACAGGAUUAAAGGAAAGGAAACGUGUACGCAAACCAAGUGUGAAUGGCUUUUGCCAUCUUUUUUGAAGAAGAUAGAAUACAAACCCGUCAGGCACAUUGACUUCACUUCUACAAAUAGUAAAAAAAGAAAAUUGGACGAAAUGAUCGAUUCCUCCUCUACUUCUAAACAGCAACAAUCUGAUAAUCAUCCUGCUACUAGCACAGAGCAAAAGGUAUACACAAAUAUCCCUGAUGAAAAGGAAAUGAGUGAUUUUUUUGAGAGCUUAAAUCAUUGCGGUACAAUACCAGUAGUACUCUCAUUGGUUCCUAAUUAUUCGGACAAAUUUGUAAAAUGUAAUGAACUUCCUAGGCCUCUUCAGUUGCUUCAUGAUCCUAAAUUCAUGACUCUAGAAUAUCAAGAGCUCCUUAACGAAUGUGCAUCACUUAAGAUACUUUUAACUAAGAAUCAAGCAGAAAAGGUUGAAAUCGAAACCAGGAAUCAGGCUAAGUCUAAUCUUUGGUUUAAAUUUCGAGCUGGAAGGGUGACUGCGUCAAAAAUGAAAGCUGUUUGUCACACCGAUGCCUUAAACCCUUCCCAGAGCUUAGUAAAACGUGUUUGUUAUCCCGAGGCUUUUUGUUUCAAAAGCAAGCAAACUACCUGGGGUUGCAAACACGAAAAACCAGCAAGAGAUCGAUAUUUUGCAAAAUCUACUCAAGUGCAUGCUGAGUUUGAAGUACGAGACAACGGUUUAUUCAUUAGUAAUGAAUGGCCAUAUAUCGGUGCCUCACCAGAUGGUAUAAUCAAUUGCACAUGCUGUGGAACAGGUGUAUUAGAGGUUAAAUGCCCUUACUCUCAUCAAGGUGAACGUAUUUCUGAAUGAAUCAUUUGUUUCUCAUGGCCAAGGUGUAAGGAAGGCAGCCAGUCAGGAUUAUUCUUAUCAAAAAGAUAGGCGGGCUUCCCAGAAAUGAAAUGUCUUGAACAAAUUCGAUCGUUCACCAAUAUCUUAUUGGUGAGACCUUCUCGUGAAAUGGCAGCCAGAAAUCCGUUUCUCCUUUUUUUACUGAGCUCUUUCUCAACAGCACUCCUGCCAUUUAUUAUAGCAGGAAUUCUAUAGAAGGAUACUUCUUUAUCUCGCCCAGAGCGCUUCGAGCAGCCUAUCACUACGCACAAAACCAUGACUGUGAUUUAUAGUAUCUAUGGUGAGCCCCACCCUUCUUUUUGGCUGUGAUAUUAUGAAUAUCUGUACACCAACAUGGCUGACUAGGCAUUUUUCACGUGACUGUGACGUCACAUGAAAUAGCUC